AUGAAAAACCCUGCCAAGUUCGAACAUCCGUCAUCGAUUAAAAGCAGGAAGGAACACCAUGAGGAGGAACCUGUCUCUCUGGCUGGCUGUGCUGCUGCCACUGGGGGCUCAGGGGGUCCAGGGGGAGGUCCAGGGGAGGAGCCUAGCGCACCCCUGUCCACCAGUGUGACCCGGGAGCAGAUCCUCUCAGCUCAGUUUGAGUGCUACCUCAAGAUCAUCAUCGACCCACCCCGCAAUGAGGACGGAGCGUUCUGUAACCGCACGUGGGACGGCUGGCUGUGCUGGGGAGACUCCUCCCCAGGUACAGCCACCCAGCUCUGCCCUGAGUACUUCCAGGACUUCGACCCCGCCGAGAAGGUGACCAAGGUGUGUAACUCUGACGGGCAGUGGUUUCGUCACCCAGAGAGCGACCGUGUCUGGUCCAACUACACCCAGUGUCAGAUCUACACCAAGGGCAAGCUGGAGCUGGCCUACAGCCUGUACUACAUGGCCAUCGUAGGCCACGGCCUGUCAAUCAUCUCCCUGGUCAUCUCUCUCAUCAUCUUCUCCUAUUUCAAGAGUCUAAGCUGCCAGAGAGUCUCUCUGCACAAGAACACCUUCCUCUCCUUCAUCCUCAACUCCAUCCUCACCAUCAUCUGGCUGACAGCUGUGGCCAAUAACCAGCAGAUGGUUGCCAGCAACCCACUCAGCUGUAAGCUCCUGUCGGUGCUGACUCUGUACAUGUUUGGCUGUACCUACUUCUGGAUGCUGUGUGAGGGCAUCUACCUGCACACCCUCAUCAUCGUGGCCGUGUUCGUGGGCGAACAGCAGCUCUGCUGGUACUACGUCCUGGGCUGGGUCUUCCCCAUUGUUCCAGCGAUCACGUAUGGUGUGGCCCGUGGCCUCUUCUACAACGACAAGUGCUGGAUUGGCUCAGAUACCUACCUGGUCUACAUCAUUCACGGGCCCAUCCAUGCUGCCCUGCUGGUGAACUUGUUCUUCCUCCUCAACAUCAUGCGAGUCCUGAUCACCAAGCUGAAGAAGACCCACAGCGCUGAGUCCAACACCUACAUGAAGGCUGUCCGGGCCACGCUCAUCCUGGUGCCCCUGCUGGGGGCUCAGUUCAUCCUGGUGCCCAAGAGGCCGGAGGGACGCCUCACCAGACCCAUCUACGACUCCAUCAUGCACAUCUUCGCACACUUCCAGGGUCUUCUGGUGGCAAUUAUAUUCUGUUUCUGCAACUCUGAGGUAGGUACCGACACACUUGACUUAUAG